GCCCUUCACUUCCGGUUCGCGCGCUCUUCUAAUCGAACAAGAAGCUCGUCUCAAUCUUCUACAGCUUCGCAAUCGUCUCUCUCGGCGAUUUCUCAUCGCAACCCGACCGCGUCGACGGCGGCAACCUAACCUUCGCAUCUCCGACUCCUGCGGCGCUCGUCGAGUCCGGUCUCUCAGGGAGGAUACCACACAAAUGCAGAUCCAAUUGAAGUGUAGCUGCGGGGAUGGAAGCUGCCCUGAGUGGGCCAUUAUCGAAUUGCAAGGUGUGGUUGAAGUUCAACCUUCGUUCCAAGAUCAGCUGCAAAACCUUGAAAUUGGAAAGCUUUGUCGUCCUUCGUCGCAGGAUGUCUACACUUUUACUGUUGGCUAUCAUGAGUUAACGGGCACAAAAGUGCCGCUGAAGAAGCCAUUUCUGGUAUUGAAGAAAGUAAAACUCGGGGAUACGGAGCAAAGCUCUAAUAAUGAUUCAGCUGAUUCAGCGAAGGUUGAGCUUGAAGUUGUUGGCAUUAUCAGGCAUCGGAUAUUGUUCAAGACCAGGCCAAAGGCCCUCAUUUCCCGAGCAGAACCAGUUGUCAAGGAAAGAGCGCGUGCAUCAGGUUCUAUCGGGUCAAACUAAUCUCGAUGAUAUGAGUAAGACUGUUGGAGGACCUAGACUGGGUACUUUACGGACAAGGACUUUCCAGACUAAUUAUGGCGACAAAUCCCAUUAGUUGCCUAAUCUGUUCCAUGCGGAAGUUGAUCAAGUCUUCUGGACUGUGGAAAGUCUGAAACCUUUUGAGGCAUGCCUUGAAAUCUGCCGGAGUUCUACAGCAGGAGACUGGAACUUUGGUCGGCUUUCUACUUGUGCUUAUGUUUGUGCUCUACUUAAGACAUGAUUUUUGUAAUUUCUAGCUCUUCCGUGUCUGAAAUAACGAACUUCGGCACCUCUGGCCUCGUUGAAAGCUCUUCCGGCCCUCUAAAUUCCUUUUGCCGGCUGACGUAUGUUCUUUCCUUUUAUUUGUGCUUGUGUUGAUUCUGUGUU